AUGUGGUCUGAAGAUGAAUCAUCUCGUCAACCAGACACAAGCCCGUCGCUGCACUCCGAGUCUUCCCAAGAAUUUCAAGAGAGGUCUUCUUCGGAGCAAAAUCGCCCGCAGUCGUAUCUAUGGCCUGGCGCAGAUAACGCACAGAGUUGUCGCUCUCCACUCGAUCCGCUGAGCCCAGACGUUGCCGACCGCGUCUUCCCUAUACGCUCUGUCGUCUCUGUCGACCCCAAUGCCACCCCUUCGCAUCGUUCCGACACUAGCAACAAUGGUUAUUUCACCCAGGCGCCUCAGCAAGGGAGGCGGUUUUCUGUUGCUAGCGAAUCCGACCACAAGACUCACAAUGGAACGUCNGAAAAACAAGUCCAGCGGCUCUACCGAAAGUCGUCAGAACAAGUCUCAAGACCAAGAUCGUCAGAAUUCGAACAGCGCAAAUCAGAAACACCGGCAUUCNNAGCGCAAUUGUUCAACGAGCUCGCCUCUAGCAGAAACGAUAGCGACAAUCGCUCUAACGACUCACGAAGUACCCGCCCACGUUCAUCAGAUCGCGCACCCUCAUUGAAAAGCUUGAACGCUACGGACGAGACAGGUACUGGCUUGAUCACCGCCCGAUUCAAGCAUGUAGUCUCCGAAGGGGGCCACGCUAUCAUCACCGGCAGAGACGGAGACACCCUCCAGCGCUGUGAAGAUGAACCUAUCCACAUUCCUGGUGCUAUCCAGAGUUUUGGAUUGUUAAUAGCAUUCGAAGAAGAGACGGAGGGCAAAUUGAUUGUAAGAGUCGUCAGCGAAAACUCUAAGAGACUUAUUGGCUAUACACCAAAGCAGUUGUUUGCCCUCGACAGCUUCACAGAUAUCCUAUCCGAGGAUCAAACAGACAACCUUCUGGAUCACGUUGACUUCAUUAGAGACGAAGAGGCAGACGUGGGCUCGAAUGGUCCCGAGGUCUUUACCAUGUCAAUACGAACCCCGCAACGAAAGUUGCAGAAGUUGUGGUGCGCCAUGCACAUCACCGACAAGAACCCUGGUCUUGUAAUCUGCGAGUUUGAACUCGAAGACGACCCGGUUUAUCCUUUAGUUCCCCAUAACGAAGGGACACCCGACCUACCUGAGGAUACACUCAGCUCGAAUCCAACAGCUGAUGAGUUUGCUGAGAGCACAGAGAUUGCGAGCAAGCCUUUACGAGUUCUACGGAGUGCUAGGAAACGCAAAGGAGAGGCUGCCGCCAUGGAGGUCUUUAAUGUCAUGUCACAAGUGCAAGAACAGCUUGCGGCUGCGCCUAACUUGGACAAGUUUCUCAAAAUCCUUGUUGGCGUCGUGAAAGAGCUUACUGGCUUUCAUCGUGUCAUGGUGUAUCAGUUCGAUUCCAACUGGAACGGUCGUGUCGUGACCGAGCUAGUGGAUCCCAGGGCCACGAAGGACCUCUACAAAGGAUUGAAUUUUCCUGCCUCCGACAUUCCAAAACAAGCACGAGAGCUCUACAAGGUCAACAAGGUCCGUAUGUUGUAUGACCGCGAACACGAGACUGCUCGUCUUGUCUGUCGCACUGUACAAGACCUCGAGAAACCUUUGGAUCUCACAUACUCCUACCUCCGAGCCAUGUCUCCCAUUCACAUCAAGUACCUUGCCAACAUGGCCGUGCGAUCAUCCAUGUCCAUCUCUAUUAACGCAUUCGAUGAAUUAUGGGGUCUAAUUUCUUGUCAUGCCUACGGUUCCAAGGGAACUCGCGUUUCUUUCCCCAUCAGGAAGAUGUGCAGACUCGUCGGUGAGACUGCUUCGCGGAAUAUAGAACGACUUUCAUAUGCCUCACGACUACAUGCUCGCAAACUCAUCAACACUGUUCCAACAUCAAAGAACCCAUCUGGAUAUAUCAUUGCCUCAUCAGAAGACCUCUUGAAGCUGUUUGAUGCUGAUUUCGGUAUGCUUUCUAUCAGAGAUGAGACUAAAGUACUUGGGCAUGUUGAGGAAACACAAGAAGCUUUGGCCAUGCUUGAGUAUUUGAGAAUGCGCAAGCUCACUUCCGUCACUGCCACACAGGACUUGAAGGAGGAGUUCCCCGAUCUACGUUAUCCACCUGGUUUCCACCAUAUUGCUGGUCUACUUGUUGUUCCUCUUUCUGCUGGUGGCAACGACUUUAUCGUAUUCUUCCGCAGGGGACAACUCCGAGAGGUUAAGUGGGCAGGCAACCCUUACGAGAAAUUCGUCAAAGAAGGCACUGAAGGAUAUCUCGAGCCGAGNAAAAGUUUCAAGACUUGGAGCGAGACGGUUGUCGGAAAGUGUCGCGAUUGGACCGAGGAGGAGAUCGAAACAGCUGCCGUCCUUUGCCUUGUCUACGGCAAAUUCAUUGAGGUCUGGCGGCAAAAGGAGGCUGCAUUGAAGAACAGCCAAUUGACACGCUUACUUCUAGCCAAUUCUGCACACGAGGUACGAACGCCGCUCAAUGCCAUCAUUAACUAUCUCGAAAUCGCCUUGGAAGGAAGUCUGGACGAUGAUACACGAGAGAACUUGUCCAAAUCACAUUCCGCAUCCAAGUCACUCAUCUACGUUAUCAACGAUCUUCUGGACCUCACCAAGACCGAGGAAGGUGGCAGUCUCACCAAGGAGGAGCCUUUCAACUUGUCUGCUACCUUGAAGGAUGCCACAGAUCAAUUUGCUGGUGACGCGCGCCGCAAGAAACUUAGCUACGACGUGAUUGAACAUCCCGGUCUCCCCGCCACUGUCAUCGGAGACCAGAGAAAGGUUCGUCAAGCUAUAUCGAAUGUCACAGCCAAUGCAAUCCAAAACACCAAGACUGGCGGCAUAAGCAUUGAGAUGUAUGUGCUCUCUAAAGAAGAAAACCACGUUGAGGUCGAGAUCACUAUUACCGAUACUGGCUGUGGUCUGAACAGUAAAAAGCUGGACAGUUUGUUCAGGGAACUGGAACAAGUACAGAGUGAGGUGCAUGAUAUGUUGGACGAUGAACCGGCUUUCAACGCCAAACAAGUCGAGUCAGGAUCGGAAUCGACCCGCACUAUAGGCCUCGGUCUGGCUGUGGUGGCGCGUAUCGUCAGGAACAUGAAUGGACAACUGCGACUCAAAUCUGUCGAGAACAAGGGCUCACGUUUCACUCUGCAAUUGCCAUUCGAUCUACCUACCAAUGGGCAGAAAACGCUUGCAGGGUCCAUGUCGGAUGGAUCUCAGCGCUCUACGCUCAUUUCUGCUGGCAACGAGGGCGAGAUCACUCUUGUAGAGCGUGGCAGUCACAGGCGUAACUCAACUGAGCACUCUCUCUCUCGCACAACAAGCAACGAGAGUAUACAUAGCAGGCGCAGCCUUCCAAGCAUGAAGUCUGGGCGCAGUCAUGCAAGUGAAGAAUCAACCCGAAGUGAGGCGGACAGACUCAUUGAUGCAAUCUCAUCACCUGUCGAUGCCAAACGNGGGGCACCUUCUCGCGGAAAAAGCUCUGGUAGUGCACAAAGGCCCAAGUUGGGCUCGCGACAUAGUACAUCAGCACUUUCAAACAACAGCCAAGCACUACGGCCUCGAUCAUCCAGCAACGAAACGAACCCACAAGAACUAACCACUGAGGUAGUCAAAGAUCCGCCGGGCAGAUCCAGUAUCAUGGAUCAAGGACGACCGGUUAGAGCUGUGCGCGUGCCAGAGGAAACAGACGAUGUCCCUGCCGCAGCUCAAGACCAACCAUUUGAGUCGUCGCGUGUUCUUGGUGCACAUCAGGAGGAACCCCCGGAGACAGCAGACGAAGCGCCUACAGCAGAUCACAUGCGUGUCCUGGUAGCUGAGGACGAUCCGGUCAACAGUAGGAUCAUCAAGAAACGACUUGAGAAAAUGGGUCACGAGAUUUAUCUUACCUCUAACGGUGAGGAAUGUUCCAGCACUCAUGGAGACAAGAGCGGCUACUUUGAUGUCGUCUUGAUGGACAUGCAGAUGCCUAUUGUGGACGGUCUUACAGCUGCCAAGGUUAUUCGUUCAUUUGAGAAGUCGCAUCCUUCACAUUUGCUCUCUACCCGAGCAUCUCUCAAUGGCCGGAUCCCUAUCAUUGCAGUUUCUGCAUCUCUUCUUGAGAGGGAGCUUCAAAUGUAUAUCGACGCUGGCUUUGAUGGUUGGAUCCUCAAGCCCAUUUCUUUCCCGCGAUUGCAAGAGAUCAUGACUGGAAUUGUCGACAAGCAAGUUCGCCAUAAGAACGUCUACGUUAAGGGCGAGUGGGAACGAGGCGGUUGGUUCGAAGGAUCUCAGUCGGAUGUCUGGGAAGCCGAAACAAAACCAGACGACGACAAAAUCGCCAUGUCUGGACCUAGCGAUGCUGUGCAGAAAGAGGCAGCUAGCGAUGAUCCGCAAGAGAAGGGAGAUGACAAUGACGACAGCAGACAGACCCAGGAGCAGCACAGAAUAGCUGCUGUGCAAGACCGCGAUGCAGGAAUCGAGCCUCCUCCGGAACAACAGGACAAGGAUGACCCCGAUGUGAACGGCGAACCACACGAUUUCUAA